AUGACUGAAGAUAUCCAAAAUUUCUACAAAAACAAGCUUAUCGCUGCUCCAAUGGUUCGUGGUUCAUCAUUAUCUUUCAGAUUAGCUUGCUUGGAGUACGGCGCGGAUCUUGUUUUUUCACCUGGAUUAGUUGAUUUGGCUAUUAUUGGGUCAACGAUGGAAAAGGAUGACAACAAUAUAUCUCUUAUCAAAGUAGAAAACGGACACAAUAGGAGAAUAUUCCAUACAACAGCUGAAGAAAGAGGAAAAUUAAUUAUUCAGCUUAUUACUGUAGAUGGACCUAAUGCAAUUAAAGCAGCAGAUAUGUGCACUGAAUUUGCAUCAGGUAUCGAUAUCAAUUGUGGUUGUCCUGAGAGUUUUGCUUGCCAUAGAGGUGGCGGAAGCAAAAUGCAAUUAGAAUCAGCAGUUGAUGUCGUCAAGACACUUAAAAUGAAUUCGCCUUUACCAAUUAGCGUUAAAAUGAGGGUUAAAGACACAGUUGAAGAAUCUCUUCAAUUUGCUAAAGCAAUGGUCGAUGCAGGUGCAGUAGCAAUUACAGUGCAUGGUAGACUUGCUGCCGAUAAGAGACAUGGCUCCGUAGACUACGAACACAUGAAAGAAAUUUUUGAUAACAUUAAUUGCGCAAAAAUCGGAAACGGAGGCAUUUGCAACAAAGCAGAUGCCGCAGAAAUGCGAGUUAAGACAGGCUGCGACUCAAUAAUGAUCGCAACAGCUGCAUUAAAGAAUCCAUCAGUUUUUUCAAAUACUCCAGUCCAUGCUGCUGAAGUUUUAAACAAAGUUUACCAAAUUGGAACAUCCCAUGGCGAAAAAUACGUCGAUGCUGAGUUUAAUAUCAAAAAUAUUAUUACCGGCACAAAAGAUCCAGUCAGAGCCAUUGAAAGAGAACUUGGACCACUUAAGGAAUGGGAAGAUUUCCACAAACUCUUAGUUAAGUAUAUUUAA